AUGAAUUUGGUAGCUAAUGGGCCAGAAGACGCAAGUACAUGGCACAAAGUACGAAUUCCCAUCAACCCAGCGCGGGCAUACCUUCCGAUUGCCAUAGGCAAUCCAGCCCUGCUACACGUAACCCUUCUUCAUGCGGCCAUGAACUCGCCGUUUUUACGUGAUCCCAAGUUCCAGACAGCUCUUAAUUAUCACAAAUGGAAAUCCAUAGAAGCUGUAAAUGAGAGUAUCAGGAAAUCUACAUUCGAUACGUUCACAAUUGCUACCGUUGCAUUACUAGCGCUACUUGAGGUACGGUCUACUGGGCGCAAGCAUCUUUCGAGGAUCAAAGGCUGACUGAACACAAUUAGAGUGCGGAUGGAUCUGAGAUUGCAUGCCGUGCACAUAUGACGGGUCUUCGUGCAUUGGCGACACACGUGGGGGAACUUGAUAUAGACACUCUCAACCCCCUGUUACGGCAAACAAUAGGAUGGUUCGUUUAUCUACAUCAGCAUCGCUUGAGACUCUCUGACAAUACCACAGGAUCGAUGUAGCAGGUGCAAUGACUCUUCAGUCACCUCUACUGUUCACCAAUACAUCGGAUUUUAUUUGGAAUGACGUAAGCUUUCAAACGAAGAUGAUGGUUCAAGUGAAACAUAUAGUCGCAAAGCUGUACCUAAUCACCGGCUCUCGAGCUCUCAGCGAAUCCUCUGGCAACAUAUUCCAACAUCUGAAAUGGCUAUCGAAUGGUAUAAGUAGAAUCCCAACUUCAGAUGUUGCUGGACUUGAAAAGCUGGACUUCCACACCCGUCUUGAUCACAUCGAAAGACAGUGUAUUGAGUUACGAAACCGGGCACUCGAAUCGGCCAACGGUAACGUUGACCUUAUAAUAGCUUUCUCUAAUGCGUCUCUCAUCUAUAUAUGUUUGAUAGUACGCGGAUACCAACGCCGACUCGGAAUGUUCGAGGUACUUUCACAAAGGACGAGAAAUGCAAUCGAAUCAAUGGAUUGGUUGAUGGUAGAUGAUACCAUACCAGAAAUGUUACUGUGGAUCACUAUGGUGACAAGUCUUGCUCUGGGGGAAGGAGCCCAAAAAAGGUGGUUUUCUAAAAGCGUGAAAUCUGUUGGAGGGAGCAUGAGGUUGUCCACUGCGACUGAAAUAGCCGAGAAAGUCAAGUCAUUUCUUUGGGUCGAGAACUUUGUAAGCCGCGAAGGGCUUUGGCAGGAUGGAGUUGAUGGAUGUAUAGAGAUGGAGGGGAUAUGAUAUCGAUU